AUGAAAACGUUCACACAUGUGUGGCUGGUUAUAACUCUAAUUUGCUCCAGCAAAGCAAUGGCGCACAAUUAUACUACACAAGCUGUUGAUUUGGUGCAGCGUGUGUACGAAAGAAUGUCACAAGAAUCAGUGCAAAUAAACGACAUUUUGUACAUUAAUGUGCUUGAAACAAUCAGAGGGUUAAGUGGAUUGGAGAUUGGAAAUUUUCUGACCAUACUAAAGAAGCAAAAGGCCAUGUAUCGCUUUUACAGACAUACAGACCUAGCAAUUCUGAUUAGUAAGAUGAUGAGGGGAGAGAUUGAUGUUCUAUUGAAUCCAUUGAUAUUAAGCAUCGAUUAUGUAGAAAGAGUGUACUGGAAGGAUUUCACUUACUUUUGCAUUACUUUUCCGCGCCGUUAUGAACGAAUGCACAUUCAAUUGCUACUUUCACCGUUUCAAUGGCACAUCUGGAUGGUAAUCGUUUUUAUCAUUCUGGUGGUAAAGGUGUUAUGUGUUCUUUUCCCCAAACGUUUACAUCGCAAUCUAAUUUUGAAAUGCUUCUUUGGCGGAGGAGUCUCCGAACACGUUUUAACGACAGACAACCGAUUAAUUGUCUGUUCGGUGUGUGUUUUGAUAUUUCUGCUCACAGAAACCUACCAAGCAAUAUUACUUUCUCUUAUGUCGGCGGAUCCAUUCGUGAAAAAUCCUCAGACCGUAGAAGAAGUUAUUGCACAACAGCAACCAAUAUUCAUUUUGAAAGGUAUGAAAGGCGAAUAUCAAACAGAAUUACGAAAGCUAAUACAGGAGCUGAAUAUGAUGUAUGUUUCUGUUGUAGAGCAAAACGUAACGAUAACAAAUUGCGAUUUGGGGUACUAUCUGAACCACCAGGGUGGGAAAAGUGUAUCAGAAUUGAUAAUAAUUCAACCGCCUUUGUUUAAUAGGCAUAAGUUCAUCGUAUUUAGUUAUAUGAGUCCUGCCACUAGAGCUUAUGAGCUUAUGAUGAGUAGAAUGGUAGAGGUUGGUAUCUACCAGUAUGAGAAAAAGGCACAUUUUCCAAAACGGAUCUACGAACAGCGCGAGCAAACAUUUAACGAUAUGAUUGUCUUGCCAGAAGAUCUUGUACCUGUUUGGGAACUUUUGGGAACUGGGUUAUGCGACAUUGAAUGA